AUGUCGCCCCCAGAGGUGCAGCCAGCACGGACUGGGGGCAGCCCGCGCAUCGGCAGCGGCAACAGCAGCGGCAACCCUCGCCGGGGCACCGAUGGCAGCGUCAGGGCCAGUAGCAGCGCACACGCCGACGGCGGCAAGCUGCCUGCCGUCGAUUGGCAGCCUGAUGGGCUGCCACGCCUACCCGGCCAUCUCCAGUACGACCACUAUGUUCCACGCCGCCACUGCCCCGUGUGCUCCCUAGGGGAGGGCGAUGCGCAUGAGCCGGGGGGCGUGGCAUCGCACGCCUACACCCUGCUGCCGCCCGCCGCGCCGCCGCCGCCGCCCCGCGCCAUCGACCGCCACGGCCGGGCGCUGCUGGACUCGCUGCGGCGGCCCAAGCAGGCGCCCCGCUGGUGGGGGCCCCGCCACGCGGCCAGGCAGCAGGCGUGGGGCGAGGCGCUGGAGAGCCAGGCCAUGCACUACGCCGUCAUCUCCCUCACCCUGCUGGACCUCUCGGUGGUGGUCACCGAGCUCAUCCUGUCCUCCAUCUUCAUAUCGCACGAGUCCAUACCGCAUGCAGUGCAUGUGGCGGAGGAGGCGCUGAGCUGGACCAGCAUCACGAUCCUGUGCUGCUUCUGUGUUGAGCUGCUGGCCAAGCUGGCCGUCUUUGGCUACACCUACUUCACGCGCAGCAAGUGGCACCUGUUUGAUGCGGUGGUGGUGGUCAGCUCGCUGGUGCUGGAGCUCAGCCUGCACAACGUGGCGCGAGAGGUCGCCUCCCUGCUCAUCUUCUUCCGGCUGUGGCGCCUGCUGCGCGUCAUGCACAGCGUGGCCGAGGCGAUGGAGCUUAACCACGAGGGGGAGGUGGAGAGGCACCACCGCCUGGUGCACGGCCUGCAGAAGGACCUUGCACUGGAGCACCGGCGAGUGCGGCAGCUGGAGCGCGAGGUGGAGGCGCUCAGCACGGCUGCGGCGGGGGCGGGGGUCGAUGUGUCUGCCGUGCUGCGCCUCGCGGCGGCCGCCAUGUCGCAGCCCGAGCCGAUGCUGCUGGCAGCCGAGGCGGCAGAGCCAGGCAAGGCGGCGGCGGCGGGAGGAGGCGGCAACGGCCCUUCUGCCAGUCACUUGGAUGUGUAG